AUGGAGAUGCAGAUGGAGAAGGAGAAGGAGAAGGAGAGCUCCGAAUCUGAAACUGAAGGAACUGAUUCAAGCUAUCAAAGGAUAAAGACCAUGGAUCUAUUAAGAAGUCAAUCUAUGCAUGAAAGUAUUGAAUAUGGAAAGCAAUGCAAAGAACAAUCUUUAAGUUAUGAGGGUACAGAAAAAACGAAGCUAAUGAGGCUUCUGUCAUGGAAUAUUAGAAAGCCCAGAGAUGCACCACUCCUGAACAAAGCAUAUGGUGGUGAAGGAGGUGAUGAUAUUGAUAACGCACGUCGAAGCCUACUGUCGUACCUAAAACCGCGGCAAGAUUUGGUCAAAAGAGAUCAUAAACCUAGUGAAUUCUCAGGCAGCGAUAGAUUUGAGGUGGGCAAGUGGGAAAAGAGAAGAGUGAAAAGCAGAGAUGGAAAACUGGAACUGCAGACAGAAAUAUUCCUGGCCACGAUUGACCAGAGGAGUGAGAAAGCUUUAGGAGGAGGAGCAUGCACAGUGAUUGCCACGGUUAUUGCUGACUGGCUGCAUCAAAAUCCCAAUACUUUACCAUUGCGAUGCGAAUUUGAUAAACUGGUUAGAGAUGGAUCAAAAGAAUGGAGAAACCUGUGUAACGACGAAACUCACAAGGGUAAGUUUCAAGAUCAGCAUUUUGACCUUGACACGGUCAUGGAGGCACAAGUUCGACCAUUGGAGGUGAUAUCUGAAAAGUCCUACGUGGGCUUCUUUAAGCUUGAAAAUACAAACAACUUAGAUCUCUUGCAAGAUGCAAUGUCUUUUGACAGUAUAUGGGAUGAGCUAGAACAUGGGGAAUCAACUACAGAAGAAUGUGUCUACAUUGUGAGUUGGAAUGACCAUUUUUUUGUUCUCAAAAAAGAAUAUGCUGCAAUUUAUAUGAUUGACACACUGGGAGAAAGGCUCACUGAAGGGUGCAAUAAAGCCUACAUGUUAAGGUUCAAUGAAGACAGUAUAAUCCACAAUGUGCAACCAGAGAUGAACAACUCAAAGUUAGAAGCAGAUAAAGGUUUAGAUAACCAUUCAAGUAUUAUAAGAGAAGAACAUGAGAAAGAAAAUGAUCCAGGGUUUGUAUGUAAGGGAACAACUUGUUGUAAAGAAUUUAUCAAGGGAUUUCUCGCUGCCAUACCACUAGGGGAACUGCAGAACAGUGUUGAGAAGGGGAUAAAUGGCAAAGCUCCUCUUCAUCAACUCCUGCAAAUUGAGUUCCAGUAUACGUUGCCCUGCAGCAGAAAAACUCACAGAAUGGAGCCAGCAACCUGA